GCGGCGCAGGGCGAGUCUUUUGAGCGCUGAGGGCUGGCGCUGAGGAGGCGGCGGUGGCUCCCGGGGCGUUUGAGCGGGCUCACCCGAGCCCGCGGGCCGACGCGGACCCAGGCCCGACGGGCGGCACCGCCCCGGACUCGCCGCGGGCCUUUCUUGCCGCCAUGGAGGACGGCGUCUAUGAACCCCCAGACCUGACCCCGGAGGAGCGGAUGGAGCUGGAGAACAUCCGGCGGCGGAAGCAGGAGCUGCUGGUGGAGAUCCAGCGCCUGCGCGAGGAGUUGAGCGAGGCCAUGAGUGAGGUGGAGGGGCUGGAGGCCAAUGAGGGCAGUAAGACUUUGCAAAGGAACCGGAAGAUGGCAAUGGGCCGCAAGAAGUUCAACAUGGACCCAAAGAAGGGCAUCCAGUUCCUGGUGGAGAAUGAGCUGCUGCAGAACACGCCUGAGGAGAUUGCCCGAUUCCUGUGCAAGGGCGAGGGCCUCAACAAGACGGCCAUCGGGGACUACCUGGGGGAGAGGGAGGAGCUGAACCUGGCAGUGCUCCACGCCUUCGUUGACCUGCAUGAGUUCACCGACCUCAACCUGGUGCAGGCACUGAGGCAGUUCCUAUGGAGCUUCCGGCUUCCAGGGGAGGCCCAGAAGAUCGACCGCAUGAUGGAGGCGUUUGCCCAGCGCUACUGCCUGUGCAACCCUGGGGUCUUCCAGUCCACAGACACCUGCUACGUGCUGUCCUUCGCCGUCAUCAUGCUCAACACCAGUCUCCACAACCCCAACGUCCGCGACAAGCCAGGCCUGGAGCGCUUCGUGGCCAUGAACAGGGGCAUCAACGAGGGCGGGGACCUGCCGGAGGAGCUGCUGCGGAACCUGUACGACAGUAUCCGCAACGAGCCCUUCAAGAUCCCGGAGGACGACGGCAACGACCUCACCCACACCUUCUUCAACCCCGACCGAGAGGGCUGGCUGUUGAAGCUGGGGGGCCGGGUGAAGACGUGGAAGCGCCGCUGGUUCAUCCUCACCGACAACUGCCUCUACUACUUCGAGUACACCACGGACAAGGAGCCCCGAGGAAUCAUUCCGCUGGAGAAUCUAAGCAUCCGGGAGGUGGACGACCCCCGGAAACCGAACUGCUUUGAGCUUUACAUUCCCAACAACAAGGGACAGCUCAUCAAAGCCUGCAAGACCGAGGCCGACGGGCGCGUGGUGGAAGGGAACCACAUGGUGUACCGAAUCUCGGCGCCCACGCAGGAGGAGAAGGACGAGUGGAUCAAGUCCAUCCAGGCCGCUGUGAGCGUGGACCCCUUCUAUGAGAUGCUGGCAGCCCGGAAGAAGCGAAUUUCAGUGAAGAAGAAGCAGGAGCAGCCCUGAGCCCCCUCCCCUUAUUUAUUAUGAAGCUGCUCCCCCCGGGCGGCCGGACCCCCGGGCUUGGGGCUGCACAGCCUGUUUCCUGGUCCCUGAUCGGAGACCCACCACCUCCGGUUCCUCCCGUCUUUGUACCAAACACGCCUGGUGUCUGUUAA